CUAGAGAGAGAAUUUAGAGAGAGAGAGAGCCCUCCGUGCCUCAGUGGAAUAAUGAGGCAGCAAUUCUACAGUUAAAAAUAGAUAAUUUGGAGAGAGAACAGGAGAGGCUGAUUUCGAGUGGGCGAUAGAGAACUUAUCUCUGCGCUGAAGUUAAGAGAGAGAGAGAGAGAGGUGAUCUGCUUCUGUAGAGAGAGAGAGAGAGAGGAUCAGUGCUCUGAAUCUUAGAAACGCCCCUCACGUGGGUUUUUCCAGGACAAUGUAAAUAAAGGGAGCCCAACAAAAGCUCAAAGGGGAUAUUAAUGGUGGGCUCCAGAGUCCAGACCUUUUACAUCUUUUACAUCUAUUGGAAUGUCUUAGAAACGCCAUUGCCGUUACCCUUCUGAUGAAGCCGCGACUUUCACAGGACAUUCUGCAAUUUUGGACUCUCUCUCUGUACUGUUUAAUAUGAAAGGCUGCGAUUUUUGGGGAGAUGAGGUAGUGGGGACUGCUCUGUUUAUUGAAGUCAGAGAAAUGAUGGAUAUGAGUGAGAAAUUUAUUGGGUUUGGUUUUUUUAGAAAAAGACUGUUUUUGUUGGGUUUUGAUUCUGGAAGCGAAGGUCAAAUACUUUGUUGAAUUGUGAUGAAAAUAGUCACUUUUUCGUGUAAUAACUCUUUUGGCUCUGGUGCUUAAUCUCCAUGAGCAACAAUUUGGAGAGAUCUGGAGGGUAGAGGAAUUGAAGAAAAGAUUACCAAAAAAAAAACCUUUGGGUUCGAGUUUGGGUUUUGGAUUCUGCGUAGAGGGGGAAAGCCCUCAAUUUGAACAGUCGGGAUUAUUUGGUCUUUCAAUGGAGUGAUAGAUUAAAAGACAGUGCAAGUUUAAGAAAUUCGGUGUGAGAGACAAAAUUGAUGCAAAAAGAUUGGAACUUGAGGGGUGAUUUUGGCAGGGAGAGAUUGCAGACUGAAAGAUUCAGGAGUUCUCCUUGGUUGCUUUCUAGAGACACAGAGAAGGCGAUCAAAAUUGGGGAACUGUUUGUCAGUGGGGUUUCUUCUGAGAGGGAGAUUGAAGAAGAUUUGUGGGGUGGUUAUGAUUGACUGAAUGUUGAUCUCAGGUCAAGUUUUAGGGAUGAAUUCUACCAUGGACAACAUGAGCCUGAUAAGACAGGCACAAAGGCAUCACUUGGUAGUGAGAGAAAUGGGGGAAGAAAUAGAUCUUGAAAUUGGACCUGGAGACGAUGAUCCCUCCUUUGCUCAGACCCCACUUGUUGGGGUCCCUCAAGAACCCACAGCUGAAGAGCAAGAAGAGCACAAACAAUUGCUUAUGGUUUCUUCCACCUCAAAUGAAGACCAGGAUCUCUCAAAGCUUCAACAAACAAAGAGGAAGAAGAAGGUGGUGAAGAAAUGGAGAGAGGAAUGGGCUGAUACUUAUAAAUGGGCGUAUGUUGAUGUUCAUGAAGGGACGACGAGGAUCUUUUGCUCGGUUUGUCGAGAGUAUGGGAGAAAGCAUAGGAGGAAUCCUUAUGGAAAUGAAGGAAGUCGGAAUAUGCAGAUGAGUGCUCUCGAAGAGCACAACAAUAGUCUUCUUCACAAAGAAGCCCUUCGGCUCCAACUGGCUUCCAAGGACAAGAAUCUUUCCAUGGUAGAGAGACCAAUUUAUGUAAAAGCUCUCAUGUCUAAAACAGCGGGAACAAUAGUUGACGCGGUAUUGAGAAGGGACCCUCAUGAAGUUGAGUUUAUACAGGCUGUGCAAGAAGUGGUACAUUCUCUGGAACCAGUCCUUGCCAAGAGUUCCCAGUUUGUCCACAUUCUUGAGCGCCUGCUAGAACCAGAGAGAAUUAUCAUUUUCAGAGUCCCAUGGGUUGAUGAUAAGGGUGAAACACAUGUAAAUCGAGGCUUUCGUGUCCAGUUCAGCCAAGUGUUGGGUCCAUGUAGGGGUGGACUACGUUGCCAUCCAGCUAUGAACCUAAGUAUUGCCAAGUUAUUAGGUCUGGAGCAGACAUUAAGAAACGCUCUAUCACCAUACAAGCUUGGAGGUGCCGGAGGAGGAAGUGAUUUUGAUCCUAAAGGAAAAUCUGAAAAUGAGAUCAUGCGCUUUUGCCAGAGUUUCAUGGAAGAGCUUUACCGGUAUUUGGGUCCCAAUCAGGAUCUUCCAGCAGAAGACAUGGGUGUGGGACCAAGGGAAAUGGGUUACCUCUUUGGACAAUACAGGCGCCUAGUUGGCCAUUUCCAGGGAAGUUUUACAGGGCCUAGAAAUUUCUGGUCAGGUUCUAGCCUUCGGACUGAAGCCACAGGCUAUGGACUGGUUUAUUUUGCUCAACUUAUAAUUGCAGACAUGAAUAAGGAUCUUAAAGGAUUAAGAUGUAUUGUGAGUGGUUCUGGGAAGAUAGCAAUGCAUGUUCUAGAGAAGCUUAUUGCAUUUGGUGCCGUGCCCAUCACAAUAUCUGAUUCCAGAGGCUAUUUAUGUGACGAUAAUGGAUUUGACUUUCACAAGCUUACGAUCUUGAGAGAUCUCAAGGUCCAGCAGAGAAGCCUAAGAGAUUACCUAAAGUCUUAUGCUCAUGCGAAGUACACUGAUGAGGCAAAACCUUGGAAUGAACGGUGUGAUCUUGCAUUCCCUUGUGCAUGUCAAAAUGAGAUAGACCACUCUGAUGCCCUAGCUUUGGUUAAUUCGGGUUGCCGUAUCUUGAUAGAAGGUUCAAUUAUGCCUUGUACCCCUCAAGCACUUGAUGUCCUGAGGAAAGCUAAAGUUUUGAUAGCACCAGCAAAAGCUGCAUGUGCAGGGGGGGUUGGAGUUGGGGAACUUGAACUGAGUCAAGACUGUAAUUCUAUACAUUGGUCCCCCGAGGAGUUCGAGAAUAAGCUCCAGGAAUCUAUGAAGCAGAUAUAUCAGAAAUCCAUGAAGGCUGCAAGUGACUAUGGUUUCCUUAAGGAGAACCCUGAGGCUUUAGUACAUGGAGGAACCAUUUCAGCGUUCUUGAAUCUUGCACAAGCUAUGAUUGAACAAGGUCGUGUUUAAGUACAUAUCCAAGCAAUCAAGGAACUCCAUCAAUUGAUGAUGCUAGUACACUGGACUCUAUCCGGCAGUCAUGGUAAUAACUCUCAUCGGUCAAUCUUGUUUAGCUUGAGGAGUCCAAGAUUGAUUCACAGGAAGAAGGCUGGAUGCGUAAGCACCACAAGGUUUCGUUGAGUCUGUUUGAUACUCCUCCACGGGUCUUGCGGCAAGCGGCAAAAAUGUAACAUAGUAUUAUAUAUGUAACUAUUGGGUAUUCUAUUUCAUUGAGAGCUGAAGAAAGAGAUCCAUUGUAGAGAGACGGGUCUUGUCAUCUGUUGCCGAAGCACAAUACCAGGCACUGUGUUCAGUGUUAUGAGGAAACCUUUUUAAGUUAUAAUAAGAUGUAUUCUUUGAGAAUGCUGUUUCACCA